CUUUCUUCCCGCUUAUAAAAUUGGGGGAAAGUACGGGGGAAAACUAACUCCCGUCAUAACCGUGUGUUUUUCUUUUGGCUGCUCUCCACAUCAAAAAAUUACGAUAAUCGUCUGUGGAAAAGAAUAAAUUUACACAUCAGUGGCUUUAAAAGCGUUUUGCCUCUUUUUAUUGUUUUUUGUUUCACUUUUUUGUAACUUGCUUUAUCUAUCAUUUUUCUGUACAUUUUAUAAAUUCACACCCAAAGUAAACAUGUCGUUUCAUGAACCAUCGAUCUGGGAUAAGGCCAAGAUGGGUCUGAUAAUGGGAGGCAGUGUCGGUGCCUGCCUGGGCUGCCUUAUUGGAUUUUACUCAACGAUGAAGUUUGGUCCAGGACCCCGCGGGUACCUUGGGACAAUCGGCCAGUAUGCGUUGGGGUCGGGUGCGUCGUUUGGAGGUUUCAUGAUGAUCGGCAGCUGUAUUCGGUCGGACGAUAACCGCACUCUCACUGCGGAGGACAGAGCCACACUGAAGGCCGGUAUGGAUCGGUGGAGGAUCACGGCACCCGCGCCCGAGGUAUUUUACGCGAACAAGACGAACAGGUCAUGAAUGCACUGGCCAAACCUGCUUUGUUUUCUUUUUUGUUCGACUCGUGCUAGCUUGCAUUCAAAAUAAAUUCAAUAAAGAGAUAUUAUUAUUA